AUGUUAUCCAUUCUUUUAUUCCUCUUAUUUUUUUCGAUUCCGUUUUCGGUUUCUCAAGAUGGAAUUGAUUCGGAAGAUUAUAAUGAUGUGGUGAAAGAUCCUGAGGAGGUUGAGGUUAAUAAAACGCAUAAUCAAGUACUUGGGGUACUUCAGGCGGCUUUGUUGAAGAAAUAUGACACACAUCGGAGGCCUGUCGUGUGAGUUUUUGAAUUAAUUUGAUUUUUACAUGCCUAAUCAGACCAUGAAUAAGGUUCGUCUAGUUGUUGGAAAUUUUUGAAUUAGACCGAAAUUCCACAGCCAUCUUGAAAACCAGGUCGGAAAAAGAAAUCGACGUUCAGGAUUUUUAUUUUCAGAAAUGGAAGUAGGACAACAGAAGUAAAACUUUUCCUGCAUAUAACACAUAUUUCGAUUGAUGAAAAGGAUCAAAGUAUGCGAGUUAUGGGACAUGCUUUUAUGGUAACUUUUUCAUUUAAUUUUACUUAUACCAAACGACCUUUCUUGCAGACCUGGACGGAUGAAUUUCUUGGUUGGGAUAUUACAAAACACAGUGUCGAACGUGUCCAAUUCAAUCGAUGGGAUGUUUGGAAACCAAAUAUCAAAAUUAUGAAUUCAAUAGAAGGAAGUGAAUACAGUUUCGGUGGAAAUACGAAAGUGACAGCAGUCAAUCUAGGGAAAGACAAGGGAGCAAGAAUGGAGACAAGUCCUUCGUUUAAUUUUAAACUGGCUUGUGAAUUCGAUUUCUACAGAUAUCCAAAUGAUAUCAAUUCUUGCCCAAUCAAGUUUUUCACACCUUUACCGAUGUCAGAAGUUAACUUGAAAUAUUUUGAAAGCGGAAAUAAACAUACUAUGAAACUUGGUAAGUUUGUGAUUGUUGAGUAUUGACAAUCUAAUUGAUUAUGUUUUCCAGUUUGGGGUACUGAAGUUACUGCCGAAUCAAAAACAAUAGUUUCGGAUUAUGAAAUCAUAACUAUUAUCGGGCGACAAUUUUAUAUUGGAAUAAAUAAUAAUGAAGUCACAAGCGAUGCUCCAGUCAUAUCAACUGAAUAUUCUGAUUAUUUCUCGCUUCUCCAUUCGGUGAUCUUUUUCAAACGACAUUCUCCGUUGUUUUUCUCCGGAAUUUUGAUGCCAAGUUUGGUGAGUUCAUUGAUUUUAUGAAUGAUUUUCAGAGGAAUACGUUUUGAUUCAAAAAUUCCACAUGAAAAAUAUUUGUUUCAGAUUUGUGCUACUUUCAACACUCUCUCAUUCAUUAUUCCAACUCUCAGUCUUGCCUGUUAUACACUUAUGUCAACUAUGUUUAUUCAACUAAUCUUCUUGCAAGAUAUAAUCAAAAAAAUUCCCCUUGCAAUGAGUUAUUCUCCUCCGUGCAUCAAAUUCUAUUCACUUAUUAUGAUUUCAACUAUUUUGAGCUUGGCAAUUCAUUUCAUUUUCAUGAUUCUUGUCAAUUGUCGUAAAGAAGUGCCCGAAUCAUUCUUAGGGAUCAAUAGAAUCCGAUCAUACCUUCCGGAUUCUUGGAAAAUCGAAAAAGAUAGUCUUGAUAAAUCGUGGACAACUUGGAUCAAUACACUUCGCCCAAUUUUGGCCGCAUUUUUCUUGAUAAUUUAUAUCAUCGCAUUUUUUGAUUACAUAGUUUUUGGUUAG